CAUGUGUAAGAGACCCGCGCGCUAACCGCACAUCUCGCCCCUCCUGCUGACCGUACCACUUACGUCCAGUUAUGCAUGCAUUGUGCAUUCAGACUGGACGCAACAGGCGGAUGAUGACGACCACGGGCUGAAUCUGCUAGCGUUAAUACAAAAUACUUAGCAGAUAUGGCAAUCUUUAUAUACCGUUUCGACUAAAGGAGCAGUAUUACAUCAAACGGCGGAUUAGUUUUUCUCAUCUACGAGCUCAGUUUCGGUCUGCACUUGUUUGAUUUGCGUUCUAAGAAAUUCCGCAAUUCCAGAUUUAUGAGGGCAGUCAUGCCUGUCCCUCCACCUCCCCCUCCACCCACUGCUCCACCUCCCCCUCCACCAGCUCCCUUACAGUCUGAGUCUCCUAAGUUCCAGUGCUCUGCAGGAGGAGGGCGUGGGGCACUGCUGGCAGACAUUCAGAAAGGCACGCGGCUGAAGAAGGUCACACAGGUCAAUGACCGCAGUGCCCCCUCCUUCGAGAAACCCAAGGGGAAUAGUGUCAAUGGCUUUGGGAUGGGCACGUCAACUGGGGGGUCCAGCGCACCACCCACACAGGGGUCCACUCUGAGUGGGCUCUUCGCUGGGGGAUUUCCUGUCCUCAAGCCAGUUGGACAGAGAGACAAAAGCUUAGUUUCUCAGACUGGCUCUAUGGCCAACCUGAAGCAACCUUUAUGGAACCUGCCAUCUCAUGGGGAGGGUUUCCACGGCAGCACCCCAGAUCUCUCUCCCUCCCACAAACCUUUAGAAAGAUCCUCCUCUCUAUCUAAGACACGCCCCCUGUCCUCAUAUACAGCACCCUCCUCCCCCAGCCAGGUGGUUCCUCCAAACGCCAGACCUCACUUUUCUGCCCCCAUCAUCUUCACCCCACCUCCACCCCCUCCUUCAGUCUUUUAUCAGGAUCGGCCUGGCAACAGGCCACCUCCUCUGCCCACCUGUCCACCCCCACCCCCUCCACCCCAGAUCUCCAAACCUACCUGGCUUCCUGUCCAACCCCUGCUCAUUCCCAUGCCCACAACUGCUCCUCCACCCCUGCCUCCAUCCCUCCCUACUUCUGCACUUCCUGACAGGUUUCAUUACCCCCCACCCCCCUCUCCAGUUUUGUUUGAUGCUAAGUACUGUAACAGUCUAUUAGACCUCCCUCCUCCAUCCCCUCCACCUCUCCCUGCCUCUUUUACCCCUAGUCUACCCUCCUCUCUCCCACCACCACCUCCUAAAAUGCCAGCUGUGCCCUUGCCCACGUACCGUCCGACAGUGCCCCCACUGCCGCCCUCCUACCCCUGCACAGCACCCAGCCGGAGACCUCCUGCCAUCCCCCGGAACACAGGUGCUGGCCGAUUGGCUCCACCCCCUGCCCCACCUGCUCGCUCUCCUACCACUGAGUUGUCCAGCAGAACCCUGCCCCCUCCCCCUCUUCCUCCACCUCCUCCACCUCUGCCUCCUGCUCCACGCAGCUCAAUGAGGAACGGAUACCUGAACAGCCUUGAUGACUUUGAAUCUAAGUUUCAGUUCCACCCAGUUGAGGAUUUCCCACCACCUGAAGAGUUCAGACCUUUCCCAAGAAUAUACCCAAGCAAAGAGAACAGAGUGAUGUCCCAUCCUCCUGGCAUGAGGACCUACUUAAGAUGAAGAGGAGGAUGCUUGGUGCUGCCCUUCAUUACAGUUCCAUCUCGUAGUCAUCACUCUGUGGUGGACGAGAACCAAAUUCCAACCUCAUGUUAUGCUGAUCUCUGAACUCUGGAGGUUGUGUACAACACACCACCUCAGACCUGAUCCAAGUUUUCACCUCAGACAUCGGAAUAUAAUUUUUUAAAAAAACAAGCCUUUCCCAACCACUUAUCUGAGCUGCAGGGCUUGUUUUGGGAACCGGAUUAUGGUAAAAAGAUGUUGCAUUCUUGGAAUACUUAAAGCAGUGUCCAUUUGUCCAUUAUCUGCGCUCACAGGUGAUUUUGCUUUGCGCUGAGGAAUAGAGGUCAACUAGCUGACCAUGCUGCGUGAUGUCAAAAUUUUCAAACUAUCUUUGGAUGGAUCUGUCAUUACCUCCACACAGUGCCGGACUAGUGCUCCUAGGAGCAGAAGUAAGUAUUGAUGAGGGGACAUUGAGGAAACAUGGAAAUUUAUCCUUAUAGAGAAAAACGUACCUUGUAACUGUAGUACGCUGCCCUGUAAGUGGACAACAGGACUCAUCUCUUAACAGUAGCACACUGGUGACACAAGCUGUAACAGUUAUCUGGCCUCAGACUGGGACACCAUGAAUGAACCAGAAGUUACCCUGAUUACAAUCUGCAUGUCACAACCAGGAAAAGGACUUUCUUUAUACCACAUACUAAAACAAUUAAGACCCUAUGAGUGUUUUGUGUUCUAUAGAUUUUUGUCCCAUAUUUUAAUGCAAAGCGUUUCAUAAGACACUGGACAUUCAUUCUCCUUUCAUGUUUAGUUGACAUACUGUAAGUUGGUCACAGGUUUUCUGUUUUUGCUAAAUAUCGGCAGGUUUGUCUGAAUUUUAACUCAUCAAGAUAUUCACGCAAGACAGAAUGUAGUACCACCAACUGGAUUGUAUCUGUGUGAAAUUCAGAAAUUAUGAUUCUUUGCUAAAUAAAUAACGGCUUAAAUUCAACAAA